ACGGCGCAGGGGGAGCUCGAGCAUAAGCUGCCGAAUAACAAUAAAACGGGGCGAAAACGCAGGAUUUCGCACCGCAAAGCGUGCGCGAUACAUCCGGAUGGAGGCGGCCAUCAACCCGUCUUUUGACAGUGUUUUUCUGCAGCUCUGUGGGAGUGGGUCUGUCUGUCAUGGCCGUGAUGGAGCAGAAUUCAGGCAAGCGUAUCCGCAAACCUUCGCUGCUCUACGAGGGCUUCGAGAGUCCAUCUCUGCCUCACGCUCCACCACCCGGACCUCCUCCACCCCUGCAGCCCCCCAUCAGAGACCCCAGCAGACAGGGACGCGCCACCAACCAGCUGCAGUUCCUCCACAAGGUCCUGGUGAAAGCUCUGUGGCGCCAUCAUUUCGCCUGGCCCUUCCAUGAGCCUGUGGACACAACUCGACUCAACUUACCUGACUAUCAUAAGAUCAUUAAGCAGCCGAUGGACAUGGGCACAAUCAAGAAGAGACUGGAAAAUAACUACUACCGCGGCGCCAGCGAAUGCUUGCAGGACUUCAACACCAUGUUCACCAACUGCUACAUCUACAACAAGCCUACAGAUGACAUUGUGUUGAUGGCACAGUCUCUGGAGAAGGUCUUCUUACAGAAGGUCGCCCAAAUGCCUCAGGACGAGAUCGAGUUGCCCCCUCCUACACCGAGAGGAAGAGGAAAUAAAAGCGUCAAAUCACGGAAAAACAGAGGAGGCAGUGUAACAUCGGCUCACCAGGUUCCUGCCGUGUCUCAGUCGGCCUACUCUCCUUCCUCACCCGACACACCAGAUUCACAGUUCUCCACCCCUCCACAGACCCUGCUGAGCAACAGCGGCCCACCUCCAUCUCUGAUCACCCCACCACACACUCAACCCACAGCAAAGAAAAAGGGUGUGAAGCGUAAAGCCGACACCACCACUCCCACUACACUCGGCUUCCCAGUGACUCCGGGUCCUCGAAUGGGAGGCCUGGGCAAAGGCCAUGGUUCGGGUGGAGAGAUGCCACACUCUCUGUCCUCCAUGCCUCUGGACUGCUCUCCCAGCAUGGGCGUGAAUGAGUCUGUUCACCUUCAGCCUGUACUGGGGGGUCGCCCACUAUCUCGACGUCCCAUCAAACCCCCACGCAAGGACCUGCCGGACUCCGUGCGGCCGCAUCAGCCCUCACGGAGAGGAAAACUGAGCAAACAGCUUCGCUACUGCAGCGGCGUCCUGAAAGAGCUGCUGUCUAAAAAACACGUGGCUUACGCAUGGCCCUUCUAUAAGCCUGUAGAUGCAUCAGCCCUGGGUCUUCACGACUACCAUGACAUCAUUAAACACCCCAUGGACCUCAGCACUAUCAAGAGGAAGAUGGAUGAGCGCGAAUACAGAGAAGCUCAGCAGUUCAGCGCUGAUGUCAGACUCAUGUUCUCCAACUGCUACAAAUACAACCCACCAGAUCACGACGUGGUGUCAAUGGCACGAAAACUGCAGGAUGUGUUUGAGUUCCGUUUCGCGAAGAUGCCGGACGAGGUUUCGGAGGAGGAGGAUUUGUCCCCGAUGCCUAUAGGCCGGAACAUGGGCAUGCUGGGAAUGCACCGCUCGUCCUCUUCGUCCUCCUCCUCCUCCUCUUCAUCCUCCUCUUCCUCCUCAUCAGAGAGUGAGCCGAGCAGCGACAGCGAGCCGAGCAGCGACAGCAGCCCCAGCUCUGACAGUGAGGAGGAGAGAGCUCAACGUUUGGCUCAGCUUCAGGACCAGCUCUGUACUCAGCUGCGAGCGGUGCAUGAGCAGCUGGCAGCCCUCUCAUCCGGCCCGAUCGUCAAACCCAAGAGGAAACGAGAGAAAAAAAAGGACAAGAAGAAGAAGAAGAAGCCCGAGAAGCGCAGAGGAAGUCGAAGUUUGAUGAGUGAUGAGCGGGACAAACCUGCCAAACUGUCUAAAAGCAAAUCCAGCAGAGCGUCACUCUCAUCCUCACAGAGCAAAAAGGGCCCCGCCAAGAAAAGCAGCAAAAAGAACACAAAGAAAUCCUCCUCGACGUCUCGUUUUCCAGCAGCCCCAGAGGUCUCGCUGCCUCAUUAUGACUCUGAGGAGGAAGAGGACGGUCUUCCCAUGAGCUACGAUGACAAGCGGCAGCUCAGCCUGGACAUCAACAAGCUGCCCGGAGAGAAACUGGGCCGCGUGGUUCACAUCAUCCAGUCCAGAGAGCCUUCACUGCGUGACACAAACCCCGAAGAGAUCGAGAUCGACUUCGAAACACUCAAACCGUCCACACUGCGUGAGCUGGAACGAUACGUGAUGACCUGCCUGCGCAAGAAGCCCCGCAAACCAUACGUGGUGAAGACUGGAGGAGGAGGGAAGAGCCGCGAGGAGUUGGCUCUGGAGAAGAAGAGAGAGUUGGAGCAGAGACUGCAGGAUGUGAGCGGACAGCUCAACUCCACCAAGAAACCCCAGAAACCCAAAGCAGAAAAGUCCAGCGGUGCGGAGCCUCAUGCGAUGACAUCCCGUCUCAGCGGCAGCAGCUCCAGCUCCGACUCCUCCUCCUCAUCUUCCUCCUCAUCUUCAUCUGACACCAGCGACUCAGACUCCAGGUGAACCCGGACACUAUCCAUCCUGGGAAACAAACGUUCACAGACACACUGUUUUUUCUGUGCUCCACCGUUUACUUCAGUGUAAAAACAUACGUGUGUGUAUAUACUACGUAGGACGAGUUUUUUUCUUUUAUAAAGAAGACUUUUACCAAAAUGCCCAUAAUGGGAAACCGUGGAAUCAUGACUACUUUUCUUAGUUGACGGAGUAGCUUGUUGUUUUGUUUUGCUUCCAUUUUGGACUCUUUGAUUUCCGUCUGAACAUUUAUAGCUUCUCUCUGCACUGCUUUAUUGAUCAGGGCCGCCAUUUAGAUCUGGUUUUGAGCCAGCGUUCAACUUGCAUUUGAUUUCCUGAAUGAAGGGAAUGAGAGUUAAGGAACUGCUUUAGAUUUGCAUUGGCUUUAGAGAGUUCUGUUGCUGCGCUGUGAUGCAUUAGACCACUCUGUAUGUUUAAUAGAUAAAAAGCAAUUCCCAAAGUUGUUUCCAUAAGACUUUUGCAGUGAGUGUGUUAAAGGAGAGUUCAUCUAAAACUUACAGUUUGCUAAUUUACUAAUAACUUCACACCAUCCCAUGGGUUUUGAAUGAGAGUUUUAGCUGAAACUGUGCCUCUUGGUGACAAUUAUU